GACGGUUAUUUACAAAAUAUUGAAAGUAAACAAAAAAAGUUAAUGUGGAAUACAGAAUAACCAGAAAAUGAAGGAAGAAUAUCUGGAAAUCGAAGAACUAGAUUUUAAUACACACUUCGAUGGCCAGGCCCAGCAACCACAACAAGAACAGUCACAGCUGAAUCCCGGCCAAGCUGAAUUUUUGCCCACUCAACCGGGCGACUUUGAUGGCCAGUACGAUGAUGCUAUGCUAAGGAAGUUGUUGAAGAAGUUCCAAAUGAGUUUUUUGUAUCCAUUUUUGAAAGUUUGUGACAUUACAUAUCGCAGUUUACGUUAUCUAUCAGUUGAGGAUAUCAAUACCGCCAUACGAAGUGUGGGGCAUCGAGCCGAAUUCCGAGAAAAAUUGUUCACCUGGAGACGUAAAAGGUAUCGCACUAAUGAUGUAAUAAUAGAAUGCGAAAAAAUUACUCCACCAAAUGUCACAUCCAGUGAACAGCCUACAGUACCGGUCACAAUCAUGACACCCAGUACCAGCAUAAAUACAGUAAAACCUAUUCAAACAAAUAUCCUAAUAGCUCAGCCGCCUACUAACACCACACAAACAGCGGUAGUAAUGCCGGAAAUGGCAGCCACUACCACUUCAGCCACCAGCUCAAACAAUACAUUUCAAAAUGCUAUAAAGCCCUUUAAAAGGGAUUUAAGCUAUUUGGAAACUUCACUGCAGGAUAUGAUCGAUGAAUUACCAGCAGAGAUGGAUUUUGAAGUGGAGACGAAAAGACCAAAAAUCUUUGAAACUACAGUAGAAUUAAGAGAAACACGUUUAAAUGUACAAUUGAAUCUCGAAGAGUUAUUAGAUGAAUCCUUGUUUGGUCCUGUUAUGAAAGCAUUCUACCAAAAGAAUGGCUAUUUAGAGCGUAAACAUCGCGAUGAGUUAAUACAAAGUGUAGUGGAUUAUGUCAUAACCAAUGAGAUCAAAUUGCAUUCGUCUGAUUUUAAUAAAAUCGUGGAUAUGAUUAUAAGUAUAUUUCCCAGCGAAGAUGAGUCAAGGGAUUAUUAUUUCAUAAAUCGUAAAGGAAAACGAAAUCCCAUGGGUCGUCUCUAUACCAAAUACUACAAUACAUUGAAAAGAAUGCGAGUACGAGACAUACACCAAGAGUUCACCCUGGAAUCAUCAUUAAUGCCAGCUGCAUCAUUACAAGAUGAUGCCACAUCCAUGAUGACAAUAACAUCAGCAGCCUCAACAUCACAAAUGAGUACGACGAUGAUGUUAUCAUCAUCAUCAUCAUCAAAUGCUAUAAGCACAUCGGCAACUACUCUGGGUAAUGGUAACAUCAGCAACAACAACAACAACAUCGCUAUUAAUAAUAAUAAUAACGAUGGCAAUAGCAAUAAUAGUAAUAGCAUCAAUACACAAAUUGAGCUUAUUGAAGAUGAAUUUCAAGAGCUCAUACAGCUCGAUGAUACUUCAAUAAGUGCCAUAAAGAAUUUUUUACGUUGCCAGGGACUGGAUUGGGAUGAUGUUAAGACAAUGUGGGCUAAAACGUACUUAGCACGCCAGGAAGAUGUGGAACACUCCACCAUCAAGGAUGUACUACAACAAUGGCCGAAAUAUUUAAAUGCCAGAGGCAUGGAGUUGUUUGAUAUUGAUUUUCGUUUGAAAUUCUCCCGCAGCAAAGCAAAAGCUUUGCAUCAAAAGUGGCAAACUUUCGCACACAAAAUCUUUAGCUACUAUCAGGGCAACAUAAAGGACGACAUGUGUAAGGGACUCUUUGCUUUAUGCAAAUCUAAACCGGGAAAAGACACCGAAGACUACAUAAUCACUGUGCUGCUGAAUGCCAUUAUGCUACCCAUGGCUCGUUAUCGUGAUGCAUUGGGUAAUCGACGGAAAAUUUCCAUUGUCGAGGCUGUAGAUCUCUUUGCCAUACGUGUAAAUACACUCGAAGAUUUGGAUCAAAAACGUGAAGAGUUUUCCAUUAAAUACGGCGACAUACACACCGACUAUACGCCACUCAUUGUGGUGGUGGGUGACAACAACAUCAAUAUCCAUGAAAUCUAUGUGCACUUUGAUGUGGCUCUGUAUGAAAUGCCAGAUUUUAUCAGUGCCCUUGACUGUUGCAUGAAAAUAUAUCGUGUAUUAAAUUUACCAUAUCCAUCGUCGAACGAAUAUUCUUGGACGUUUAUACAGCGUUACUUUUAUGAAAUUAUGUUGGCCGAUGAUAUGAAAUGUCCAUCAAUGAGUUCAUUAAUUACGUAUUUAAAAUUUUAAACAACUAUCAUUAGGGCAAUAUUAUAUGAAUAUUAAAAU